AUGCAGCUCCGUACUCCAUUCGUCCUCGCAGCCGUUGCGCUCGGUGCCCGUGCCGCGACUGUCUUGACGGGUCAGUACUCCUGCGCCACCUCGGGCAACUACGAGCUCUGCAACGACCAGUGGGGCUCCGGCGACGGUACCGGCUCGCAGAACUCCACUUUGGAGAGCACCAGUGGGAACAGCAUCACCUGGUCCACGACCUACACCUGGGCGGACAACGAGAACGACGUCAAGACUUACGCCAAUGUCCAGCCGACGUCCGGUGUCAGUGGCGUAACUCUGGCGGAUAUUACUUCCGCUCCCACCACCUACAACUGGGAGUACACGUCUCAGUCUUCCGGCCUAAGGGCCGACGUCUCGUACGACAUCUGGACUGGAACCUCCGCUGGGGACCCGGCCUCCAGCACUUCUAGCUACGAGAUCAUGAUCUGGCUCUCUGGCGAGGGGGGCAUUGAACCUGUCGGUUCCCAAAUCGACUCCGGCAUCACAGUCGCUGGCAACACCUGGAACCUCUGGUCCGGCCCCAACUCCAACUGGCAGACCAUCUCGUUCGUCUCCGCGAACGGCAACAUCAACAGUUUCACCGCGGACAUCAACGACUUCUUCCAGUACCUCGAGGAGAACCAGGGAGUGGACACUUCCCAGGUCCUGCAGGCCAUUCAGGCCGGAACCGAGGCAUUCACCGGUACCGCGACGCUCACGGUCUCCGACUUCAGCGUCACUGUUAACACGUAAGAGCGGUCUCGCGCGCAGAAGCAUAAUGUCUGGGGUGGUGUGUCAAUAUCACAGGGGAGUGUUCGUGC